CCCCAGCGGCGUCCUCCCGGCUCCUUCCCUCCCUCAUCCGGGUCCUGGGCGAGCGGGCGCCGUGCGCGUGUCCCGCGGCCGAGCUGCUAAUAAAGUUGCACGGAGGGGAAGCGCAGCGACGGCGCCGGGGGAGCGCGUCCAGCCGGCGGCUGCUGUUAUUACGUGGAGUUUGGAGCCUAAGCGUUGAAAACUCCCAUGUGGCGCCUGUCUUAAAUCGGAGCAUGCUCAGUAGCCAAAAAAGCAGAUUUUUGGUUGCAAAAAAGAACUGGGGCGAGGAUAGUCCGGGUAUCUUGGACGCGUGCCCGAUUCCUAACAAAAUGUUCCAAUUCUGGUUUUGAUGGAGCUUGGAGCUGUAGGCCAUCCUGGAGCGAGUGCCUACAUAACUCACUGACCAACUCUUUGGGAUUGAAAGUAUAAGUUAAAUGAAGGACGACAGGAGCUCAGAAGGUACCCAGAGUCAUAUUUGUUCCCUCUUCUUCUAUGUGACUUGAACUCUGGGUUGCAUAUGAGGUAUCUGGAGAGCAUCUUCCUAAAGCAUUGUGGAUACAGGACUUGAACCAAUGAAAGAAUCUUAUGGCACUUAUGAAGAUAAAUGUCACUCCUCCCUUUUUAAUUGGAACUUCUGCUUAGAACCUGUAUGUGACUUUUCAUCCGUGAGCUGUUCUUUGAGUGGCCACUGACUUUGAGUUGCAGGAAGGUCUCUGAAGAAUUAUAUCAAAUGACGUCAAUGGCCAGCUUGUUUUCCUUUACUAGUCCAGCAGUAAAGCGAUUGUUGGGCUGGAAACAAGGUGAUGAAGAGGAGAAAUGGGCGGAAAAGGCAGUUGAUGCUUUGGUGAAAAAGCUCAAAAAGAAAAAGGGUGCCAUGGAAGAACUGGAGAAAGCCUUGAGCAGUCCAGGACAGCCGAGCAAAUGUGUCACUAUUCCCAGAUCUUUAGAUGGACGCCUGCAGGUUUCCCACAGAAAAGGCUUACCCCAUGUUAUAUAUUGCCGUGUUUGGCGCUGGCCUGAUUUGCAGAGUCAUCAUGAGCUCAAGCCAUUGGAUAUUUGUGAAUUUCCUUUUGGAUCUAAGCAGAAAGAAGUUUGUAUCAACCCAUACCACUAUAAGAGAGUGGAGAGUCCAGUCUUACCUCCAGUAUUAGUGCCUCGUCACAAUGAAUUCAAUCCACAACACAGCCUUUUGGUUCAGUUUAGAAACCUGAGCCACAACGAGCCGCACAUGCCACAGAAUGCAACGUUUCCAGAUUCCUUCCACCAGCCCAACAACACUCCUUUUCCCUUAUCUCCAAAUAGCCCUUAUCCCCCUUCCCCUGCUAGCAGCACAUAUCCCAAUUCCCCAGCAAGUUCUGGACCAGGAAGUCCAUUUCAGCUCCCAGCUGAUACUCCUCCUCCUGCCUAUAUGCCACCAGAUGAUCAAAUGGGUCAAGAUAAUUCCCAGCCAAUGGAUACAAGCAAUAAUAUGAUUCCUCAGAUUAUGCCCAGUAUAUCCAGCAGAGACGUUCAGCCUGUUGCCUAUGAAGAGCCCAAACAUUGGUGUUCAAUUGUCUACUAUGAAUUAAACAAUCGUGUUGGGGAGGCUUUUCAUGCAUCUUCUACUAGUGUGUUAGUAGAUGGAUUCACAGACCCUUCAAAUAAUAAAAGUAGAUUCUGCUUGGGGUUGUUGUCAAAUGUUAAUCGUAAUUCAACAAUUGAGAACACUAGACGACAUAUUGGAAAAGGUGUUCAUCUGUACUAUGUUGGUGGAGAGGUGUAUGCAGAGUGCCUCAGUGACAGCAGCAUAUUUGUUCAGAGUAGGAACUGCAACUUUCAUCAUGGCUUUCAUCCUACCACGGUCUGUAAGAUUCCCAGCAGUUGCAGCCUCAAAAUUUUUAACAACCAAGAGUUUGCUCAGCUUCUGGCUCAGUCUGUCAACCAUGGGUUUGAGGCAGUGUAUGAGCUCACCAAAAUGUGUACCAUCCGAAUGAGUUUUGUCAAGGGCUGGGGAGCCGAGUAUCACCGGCAGGAUGUUACCAGCACCCCCUGUUGGAUUGAGAUUCAUCUUCAUGGGCCUCUUCAGUGGCUGGAUAAAGUCCUUACUCAGAUGGGCUCCCCUCUGAACCCCAUAUCUUCCGUCUCAUAGUGCAGAAGUAGUCUUUUCAAUUAUAUUAUUAGCGGACUUGUUUUAAUUUUAGGGAAACCUUCAGUACAGAUACUGUGAGCUUACGUGGAAAACAGAUAUUACAGCUUAUUUUUUUUCUACAUAAUUGUGACCAAUACAUUUGUAUUUUGUAAUGAAUCUACAUUUGUUUGUUAUUUGUGUUCAUGUGAUUAACUAUCAAAAGUGUUGUGAGAAAUGCAAAGUAAAUAUUGUACCCCAGUUCACAAGUUUGACAUUGAUCUUAAACUGGGACACAAUUUUGCUGCCUUGUCCCAACCAACUUGUUAUUUGUUCAAGUUUUUUGAAAAAGUAAUACACCACAUGAUGAAAAAUUAUAAUAGUUUAAGAAGGUAUACAGUAAAAAGUCUUCCCUUCUACUCUUCAUCCUGCAGAAGCUGUACUUUUACCAGUUUCUUUGUCCUACCAGUGUUAAGAAAGUGUAAUUCAUCGUUUCGUAAAAGCAUAUGGUAGGGGCUGAAAAGAAACUAUAAAAAACAAAACAAAACUUUUAUUUGAAGGAACACUAUGCACUGCUCUAACAAGUAGUGUUCAGUAAAAGUAAAGUCAUAGUUUUCUAGGCAAUGUCAUAAAAUUUGCAUUUAAUACAGCUAAAUGUUUGUCAGUCUCCUGUGACUUCACUCGGUAUAUCUUUUGUAAAACGUUUCCUUUUUUAAAAAAAAGAAUUAUUGUAAACAACAGAUCUCCAUUAUAUGUCAUUUACUCAGAAUCUGUCCUAAGUACUACUUUUAUAGCUAGUGACAGUGCACGCCCGGCCUUGUUCAGCUUUGCUGCUUUUGGCCACUGUUGCAAGAACUCUAAUUUUGACAUGCAUUAAUCUUUUAUUUUGCACUUUGAUGGGUGACAGUUUUUAGUGUAACCUUUUGUGAAACACACUCAAGUGACUUAGACUUGGAUGCACAUCCUUACUUCCUUGGUACCCCUUUUGUAUUAACAGACACUGCGGUUUAUAGAUGACAGUUGUAGAAGUUACACUUUCUCUAGCUUUUGUUGUAUUUUCAACCUAGAUGAUAAUAAGACUGUUACUCUGUAGCUCCACCUGAAGGUGCCUUUCUAAUUCUCUGCUGCCUUAUGGGUGUUACUCCUGUUGGAGAGUCCCGUGCUUAAUCCCAUUGCUUUUACUGCCAUCAGUUGCCCUGAGCAAGGAAGGGACCCAGGGACUGUAGCCCGAAGCCUCUUCAGUCUAGCCCCAAGUUGAGGCUGCUGGUCUGGUACGUCCUUGAAGAAGCAGUGUUUGUUGAGAAUAGUUGACUUUAAUAUAGUCAUGUAUCAAAGAAUGCAGACUAUUCUCUCAUUUACCAUACAUGCUGCUGGUUUUCCAUUUUUGGGGGACCUCUGUGGACACUAGUCUCUCAGAACAGUCCUCAGAGAGGAAAGAUGUGAAAAUUCUAAAAUAGCCAUUCAGUCAAUCAUGCUUGAAGGCUUUGGGUCAAGGGCUUUUAACCUCUUUUUCCUGAGAGCAGUCAAAUUUGUUAUGGCAUGAGAACAAAGACAUGGUUUCAGAAAAAAAAAAAAAAAAAAGACCUAAUUUACCUACCAGGGAAAGCUAUUUUCUGGUGCCUUUCGAAAGUAUAUGGAGCCAGUCUUCUAUUUAAAAUGUUAGUUUGGUUUGACUUUCUGCUUUUAAAAUUUUUUUAAAUGCUUUUUUUUUUUUUUUUAAGGAAAGGAGAAUAUGCAUUUCAUUUUGUUUUCCGUGACAUUAUUUAUUCCUUUUACGAAGUGCAGCCACUGGGGGGGUUUAGUUCUUUCAGGUGAAGUGCCAUAUGUGUUUCAGCUCACGGUCCUUUCUGGGUAAAAAGAUACUUUCUGACCACCACCCGAGCUUCAGACAGAAGUUUUACAUGACAUGCAUUCUUAAUCUUCCAGAGUUGUGUCAGCCACAUGAAAAGAGAAUUAUUUGCUUGGUGUUAGAACCUCGCUAUUUACAUUAUUCUUUUAUUUAUCAGGCUUAUGGCAUAAUCUUUGGAACAAAUUUGUAGGAAAAAAAGCAUCCAUAUUGAAUGACAUACAUGUAUUCAAAAUCAGUGGAUUUGAACUGGUGGAACUGUUGAAUUGUUGUUUUCAAUUGAGGUAAUUAAAAAUUGUUUUUAGUUACAUUACAACCUUUAGAACUGGCAGGGUUUUAUGUGUUUGGCCUUUUCUGUGUUUUCCUUAAGAAAUUUUAUCUCAUGGAGGACAGUAUGAAGCUCCUGUCAAGACUUCCAUGGAAAAGUAUAAGCCUGUUGUACUUCCUAAAAGUUAUUAACUCCACACCCCUGGAUUUUAAAUGAAAAUUGUAUUCAAUGUGGCUGCUUCUGUAAUUCCUGAGGGUGCCCCAAAUCCAUGGAUGGGAGAUAAAAAUCACCAGUGAGAUUUAAAAAACUAAAUAAAAUUAUGACCAAUGAAAAGACACUUCUGAAGGAAACCUUUUCAGAAAAUGACAGUUUUAAAUUUUUAUUUAAUCUCUAGAAUCUAUUUUAUAGUCAAAGUUGAUGGAAAAUACCAACACCACUGGAACAAUCACCUUUUAUAACUUGUACAACAUACAACAUAUGUGAGCUGAAAAGACUAGUGUCUGAGAAUAAUAAAAUGACAACCGAUUUGGUAAAUGCAAAAAGAGAAAUUGAGUCAACUUUAAUCUGAGUAAACACGACAGAAAGAUGAUCAGAAAAAAAAAUAAGCAUUGCAUUUGAUCAGCAUCUCUGUCUCAUAAAGUAUUAUGGUCUUUUUGGUAUUACUUGGCUUGAGUUACAGAAUGUAAACUAGUGGGCAUGUUAUUGAUCUACUGAAGCUAACGCUUUUUUUUUUAGAGAUUAAAGAAAACAUCAAUCAAAAUGUCAAGUUACAUACAUCAGAAUAUAAGUCAUUUUUCACAUUUUAUUGUUAUUUAAGGUAACUGUGGUUAUAGAAUUGGCUGGGUUUCUGAGUUGAAAUCCACAGUAAGAUUACUGGGUAGUUCAGUGAGCUACAUACCUCAUAGCACUGCAAGAGGAUGUAGCUACUUUAUACUUUCCGUGACACUGGAGAGUAAGAUAUGCUUUUAAGAUGUAAAAUAAUAAGUGUUCAGAUCUGAAAUCUCUUGUCAAGAUGAGACCUGGGGCUCACAUCGUAAAACCCUUGAGGGUAACCGUGGGAAACAGUGAAGGCUUAUAUGAAAAAUGAAACCCUACCAGUAGCACAGAACCUCCAGAAAGUCUGAUAGUACCUCUUUAAGCACUGUCUUUCUGUUACAGAAGAGCAUCUAAUACAUCAGCUUCGAUCUAUUUCUUUAUACUCUUCAUAGCUGUUUGCUCAGUAUUACUUUGGAUUAUUAUCACUUUCCCACUUAAAAUAUAUGAAUAUCUUUUAUGCUUACUGAAAUAAAAGAUUCUUUUGAUAAUUUUGAAUUCAACUUCCAGUGAUGGCUUCAGUUUUGGAUCUGUUAACUUUUUAAAGGGAUCAGAGUCCGUCUUUGUCUUCUUAGUUAAAUCUUCACUCACUCAGAUGGGAAUACAAAAUGUGUCCUCAUUAUUCCCAGGAGCUAGAUAAGCAAGGAUCUUUUAAUGUAGUUGAUAUCAUGGUGGUUUCAGGCAUGUUUGGUGAUUUUAAUGGCAGGGAGUCUUCCUAAACAUUGGUUUAUGGAGGGUCUCUUGAGAUACUAACUAGGGCAGCUUUAUGGGGGGCAGAUCUCAGGUUUGGAGCCUGUUUCCUCCAGAGCAGCAGCCAUUUUCCUCUAUGAUACAGGUGGGGUUUGGGGGAGCUUUUCUUCUCACAGAAGAUGCAUGUAUGGAAACUGACAAUUCAAGGCAUUUCUUCUGCAUAAACAGUUGUGCCUGGUGGAUAGUUCUUUGGAAUUCACUGGACUACAGUUUAGCAUUUCCUAAUGAAAAGAGGUAACAGUAUUUACCACGCUUUUGUUAUAUUGGAUUAUUCAUAGUAGAAACUUAUCUUCUAAAAGCCAACUGUAUUAUAACUGAAGUGUUAACCUGAAAUUGGAUGGUUUACAAAAAACAGAGGGAUUUUACAUAGCAAAAAAAAAAAUUUUUUUUUAAGAGCUUAUGUUAAAAUAUUCACUGGUAGCAGUUGCUGUAAAACAAGCGAUGGGAUGUUUUGGUGAAAAGAUAGGGUCUUAGAGCAGAAUUCUUCUGUUAUUCAUGGCAGACUGAAAAAGUUCUGUGUGGUUCUUGUCCAAAUAAUUCAAUUCUUAAAAUUCUUGCAGUUACCAUAAACCAUUGUCCCUUAAGUAUUCAUUUGACGAUACUAUUCCUAAGAAGUUCAGAAUUUUGUGUACAGAUAUUUUCUUUUCCCUCACUAAUGAGUAGCGCCUUCUGAUACUAGCUGGUAUUAAUCAUAAUAAAAGUACAGUGAAGCCAAACAAUCCUAAGUUCCUUAUAAAAGAAAUUUUUUAGAAUCAGAUUUUCACUUCUAAUGUCAUUGGAGAUGACAUUGCUUUGAUUUGAUUCAUGAAGUAUUUUAUGUAUAGGGACUCUUGAAGAUAAUAGUUGGGCAAGUGAUUUUCUUCUUAAUUGGGUGCGUUAAAAUUGCAUUUUGAAUAUCACUUAUUUUAAAAUUGGAUAGGAUUGUAAUCAUGAAAACUGGAUGUUUGUAUGUACCUACCCAUCUUCUCUUAAAAAGAUAUUUCACAUGCAGAUGAUAAAGACCAAACCAAUGGCUGCGCUAUAGAUCUGCUUAUUUUGUACUUGUUCUGCUUCUGUGUAUGUUGUAGAAAGUGAAAUUCUAGCAACAUGCUUCAAUUCUGUUGCCUUUUUGAUACUUAUAAAAAUGUAUUAGAUUUUACUAUAUUGUGCUUUUCAAAGCCAUAACUCUUAAGAACUUUGUUUUUGCAUAUUGUUUGCUAAUACUUUAUUUUAAUAAAUCUCAAAACCUUAA